AGGCGAUUCUUGCUUCCAGCAGAUGAGCAGCAGCAGCAGCAUACGGCUUGUGUCGGCGCAUAGUAAGCUGAGCAGCCCUGUAAUCCUGACACAUCCUCACCGCAUCCAUUCGCUAUCCCAGCCAACACCCCCCACCCCACUCCUCUCUCUCUCUCGGCCCAUCCCUCCUCCUCUCUCUCCAUCCCUCCCUCCCUCUUCAUCACCUCCCUCUCUCCAUCCCUGCGUGUGUGCGCGCUGCAUCAUACACAGCCCGUAUCUCUGCGUCUACGUGCACACACGUACAUCAAACCCUACACACACACGCGCGCGCAUCUACACACACACACAUCUAUACGUUUUACUGUGUAAGUGAUAUAUUUCACACAGGCAUCCACACACGCACAGGCGUGCACACACACAGGCAUCCACACACACAGGCAUCCACACACACAAGCGUUCACACACACACACGAAGAUUCUACAGCCUACGAGGCAAUCGGCUAUCGAGGCAGUGCCGUGUUCAUCAAAUGGAGAUGGAUGUGGUGGCUCAGCUACAGAAGGAGAGGCUGCAGACCUUGACGGAGAGAAGAAGCAGACAGGAGGACAUCGAGAACAAAAAGAGGGCACUCGAGGAUGAGAAGUUAAACCUUCAGCAUUUCAAGACGAAGGUUCUGCGCGAGCGCUGGCUCCUGGAGGGAGCGCCGGCCGGCUCGGCCGAGGAGCAGGCAGCCGUGAAGAACCAGCUGGCGGAGAACGAGCAGCGCUCCAAGCAGCUGGAGGAGACCAUCCACAGGCUGGAGGCUGAGAUCGAUCGAGGCGAGUGCGAGGAGGCCGAGCUCAAGGCCAAGGAGAAGGGCCUCCUGCAGAGGCUGCGGGACGCGGAGGCCGCGGUCAAGGACGCCGCGACGGCUUCUUCCACUGCAGGGGCGGACGAGGUGAAGUAUGUCUACUCGGAGGUGGGAGCCAUCCCACAGCAGCUGCUGGCCAAGGUGGCGGCCACCGGGGACUCCAACGCGGCCUUGAUGAAGCCGAUGUCGCUGACGAUCAGCGUGCACAAGGACCCGGUGACGGGCGAGACCCGCGUCGUCUCCACGGGCACGGUGAGCGGCGACGCCACGCAGCUCGGCGGCACCAAGGUGUUCGACGACGGCCGCAAGGUGGUGUAUGCCGUGCGUUCCGGCGGGGGGGGAGACGGGGGCGGCGGGGGCGGUCCCGCCGAGAACGGGGUCCCCCAGCUGACGGAGGCCGAGCUGCAGGAGAUUCUCGCCAAGUCCGUGGGCGAGGCGGCGUUCCUGCAGUCGUCUGCGCCGGGCGACGCCGUGGGAGGGGAUGCCCCCGUGACGAUGGUGUUUGCCGGCUACGAGCGGAGCAGCACCGGCGUGGGCGCCGGCGGCGUCGGCAUCACGACGGAGGGGCGCUCCGAUUGCUCGUCGGAGGGUGCGGUGCGCGCAGAGCUCGUCAUGAUCGACGAGGAGGGCGACGACGUCUCGCUGCGGGAGAAGACCGUCACGGACCCGUCGCCGGCCGACGGCUCGGCCGCCGAGCUCGUGGCGAGCAGCCCGCGCAAGCACGAGGCCGGGGGGGGCGGCGGCACGGGGGGGGGCCCCGCCGACGACGCCACGGAGGCCCCGUCGUCCGCGCACGACGCCGGAGGCUGGAGUCAUGUGCUGGUGCAAGCCAAUGGGAUGUCUCCGUGGUCUGGCAGCCAAUCGGACGGCCCGGAAGCCCUGGAGUAUUCGAUCCACGCGGAGAGCAUCGAGAGAUCAACUCGGCCGCUGCCUCCCCGGAAUGAGCCGGGAGUGAGACCGGACGCUUCCAGAGCCGGCGCCGCACGCGAAGAGACGAUGGAGGGAAGCCCCAUGCACCCAGACGCCGCAUCCUCCUCCUCCUCCUCCUCCGAGCCUCGACCCCAACUCCCCGCCGCCGCCGCCGCCGCCGCGCCGUCCGUGGACGCAGCUCGGCCAAACGGAGGCGCGGCCGCCACCUCGCCCGCUCCCAGACUCCUCAACGGGCUCGACUUUGCCGAGGACACGGUGCUGGUGGCGAAACAAAUAAUGGUCACCGACGACGACGACGACGACGACGACGAAUGCGACCGGGAGGACGGUGCCGCUCUUACUGCGGACGUCGCGGCGGCGGGGGGCGACGCGGAGACGACGCGCGCUCGCGGCACGCCACCCACGCCGGCCGCUCGAGUCGGGGACGAGACGCCGCUCCCUGGCCCCGGGCCUCUCGCCAGGGCGGCUGGUGCCGGGGGCCGGUCCUCGGAGGCCCGCUUCGAGAUCAAAGCCUGCAAGGAGGAGCGGAAGCCCUCGAAGCUGUUUUCCGACGACGACGACGGCGGCGGCGGCGACGGUCAUUCCGAGGGCGGCUACCGUCUCUGCCGCAAGGCCCGGCGCGACGAGGAGAAGCAGGGGCUGGAGAUGGAACGGCAGGCGCUGAUUCGGAGCCAGGCCAAGCGCAGCGUGGCGGGCUCGCUGUCGGGCGGCGUCGCGUCGGUGGCUCGCGCGUGGAACCCCCCGCAGGAGGCCACGCUGGAAGACACGCUGCACGAGUCGCAGCUCGAGUCGCUCCGACGCUACCAGGAGCGGAAACAAAAGCAGCAGCAGCAGCGUUGGGGCGGCCACGUCACGAGCGCCGAGCAGCGGACAAAGACGGCGGAAGGGACGGAGCCGGAUGCGGCGUCGCCGCCGUACAGAAAGCAGGUCACCAAGAGCGUGUCUCAGCCCGCCAUCUCGGCGGCCGUGGCGCCGCAGCCGCAGCCGCGAGUGAAGAACGAGAACGUGGAAGUGGCCCCGGUGGACUUUGCCAUGGCGCGUCGGCAGUUCCUGAUGAUGGAGAGGGCGAGCCACCUGCAGUCGUCGCUGCCGUACCCGAUCCGGCGCAGGGCCAGCGUGGACCAGUCGCUCACGCCGCAGUCGCUGGGCUCCAUCCCGCCGUCGCCCCGCACCGCGUCCCCGCAGUCGCCGCGCUCCACCUCUCAGUCGCCCAUCUUCCCCGCGCACGCCGCGCAGCGCCCGCAGGUGUCUCCCAGCUUCAUCUUCUCGCACGCCAGCUUGCCGCCGAGCCACGCGCCGGGCUUCCCCCCCGCGCACGCCACCAACGCGGCGCAGCAGCAGCAGUCGCCGGGCUCCGCUCGGCUCCCGCCGUGCUCCGCUCGGCCCGCGACGCCCGAGUCGCCCGCCGUCGUUGCCACCCACGCCACGCUGCCCUCGCCACAGUCGCCCGGCUUCGUGUCGCUGGCCACCGGCUUCCUGCCGACGCAGUUUCCGGGCUUUACGCUCGCGCGGCCCGCCAAGUCGGUGGCCGAGGCCGCGGUGCAAACGGACACGGAGGAGCUGUCGGAGGAGCAGGGGGGCGGUGGGCAGCCUCCUGCGACGGAGCCGUCGAGAGCGGAGGCCGCGGGCGACGAGUCCGAGGGGAGGGUGCCGGAGCGAGACGUGGGGGUUGAAGCGGAGGUGGGGCAGGUGGCUAGCACUGAAUGUGCGAGAAGCGAGUCGGGUGAGCAAGAAGCACCGGGCAAAGAAGAGCAGGAAGGGGGGGAACGUGUGGAACCCGUGAUGAUGGCUUUUGUAGACGUAAUUAAUGAAUUGGACGUCGAGCAUCAGGAUGUUGUGGAAAAUUCUUCGCAGCAGAUUGCGCAAAAAUGUCAGGCCGGGAUUGAUGCAGAGAGCAGGCCCACGGCUUCAACCUGCGGUGAUAUUGAAAUGGAUAACGCUGACCAGACUAAAGAACCAACCGUGAGCACUGAACCGUCACUCAAAGCAUUGCAUGACUCCGUGGAUAAUGAAAAGAAAAUAAUAUCGCCGCAGGGUGCAGCCGCGGGCGAUCAGCAAUGGGAAUCGACUGCGGAGCUCGCGGUGUUGAUUCACGAGGUCGGCGCUCUGCACGUGAUGAACGGCGCGAGUGAAGGCGAGGGAAAGAAGACGACGGGCCUCGAGGCGCCUCUGCCGGCAACGGCCGUUAGCGCGCCAGAGGCUGCGCAACUUCCGAGCGAGGGGGAUUACGCUGAGCCGCCCUCGAAGCGUAGCGCACCGCGCGAAGAAGCUGCGGUCUUGAGUGACGAGCGGGAAAGGGCAGAUAACGCAGCUCCAAAAAGCAGUGAAGUUAAUCUUGCGGAUAAGCCCACUGAGCCGCCCGGAUCGAGUACAGAACAGUCAGAUGGGCAGGACAAUAAGGAGCAGUUGUUGGAUGCAACAAGGCAGGGAGACAAUACCACCGGCAUUACCUGCGUGGAGGAAUGCACGGCAGAAGCGGCAGAAGGUGGAAACAAAACCGAUGUAGGCGAGAGGCCGGAAGGUACCAUGUGUCUCCCAGACGGCCUUGCGAACGUUGAGCCGUCGUUGGAGAAGGAUCGGGGAUCUCUCGCUUUUUCGCAGACGCAGGAUGGUCUGGACGAUUCCUCCGCUGAAGUGAGCGGCGAGGCUGGCAGAGAAGACUGCGUCGUGGAGCAGGAGGCCGUGGAGAUUGAGAUCGUUGAUGGGGAGGCAGGAGACGAUGCCGCAACGGGCGAUGCUGACAGUGAAUCAGAUCGCCUGUCUGAAAGCCGUGGAGGCUCUGCUGUGAAGUUUUCUGAUCUGGAGGAGGAUGGCGGCGGCAGCGGCGGGGGCGGGAGAUUCGCGGACGUCGACGACGGACGGGAGAGCGUGGAAGCCGUUGCCGCGGAGAUGGUUCGGGCCAUGGUGGCCAAGGCGGUGGAGAUGAUGAACGCCACCGCGACUUCGGAGGAUAACCGCGACGGCAAACCGUUGGAGGUCGCCGCGGCGGAGGCAGAGUGGGAACCCACGACGGAGGACUACACGCUCGCGUCUGAAACAUCCGAGAGUUUGCUCGCGGGCCAAACCUCCCUCGACGCGUCCGAGUCCGCCGAUUGCUUCAGUGGCAUUGCGGACAGGGAGACCAUGAGCGUUAUCGUGAUCGGUUCGGUGAACGCCGUCGGGCCAAAGGGAGAGGUGAGGGUGUUGGACGAGGCCUUGGUUUUCGCCACCGGCGAGCUCGACUCCGGGGUGGAGAGCAUUGCCACCAAGACUCCCGAUGGCGACAACAACACCGUGGGCUUGACCUCAACGGAGCUCAGCUUGGUGACCGACUUCUGCGACACGCCGAACGAAACGCCGAGCAUCUCUGCGGACGUCACUCCGGACGUGGAGAAGGUGCCGAUGCUGUUCAUUUCCGUCAGCGACGAGAACAACCAGAUCAUUGAGCAGGAGAUGAUCGUGUCGUCGCUGCUCAACGAGCAGCGUAAGCACACAACGGGCCGGAAGGCUCCGUCGGACAAAACGGCGGAGCCCGUGACGAGGACGGGAUCUGUCGAAGUGAAGGCAUCGUCCCCCGGCUUUCAAAACGUCAACGGCAGCGACGAGAGCCUGAACGAGGAUUUUGGAGCGGAUGAACUUCAGAUUGAGGAUGUAGUGAAAGAUUUGCAGGACACGGUCGCGUUCGAAGAAGGUAGGCAGGCAGAUGUUGAAAGAAGUUUGGCUCAGGAUGGCAAGCGCGUGGAUGUAGCGGUGCCUUCAGUUGCAGAACACAAGCAAGUUGACUCUGGGACACCAUCAGUUGAAGAAGGCGAGCAGGUGAAGGUUGUGAUGCCUUUGGUUCUAGCACACACGCAAGUUGACCAUGACACAACUUCAUUUGAAGAAGGCGAGCAGGUGAAUGUUCAGACACCGUCAGUUGAAGAAGGCGAGCAGGUGACUGUUGAGACACCGUCAGUUGAAGAAGGCAAGCAGGUGGGUGUUGAGACACCGUCAGUUGAAGAAGGCGAGCAGGUGAAUGUUCAGACACCAUCAGUUGAAGAAGGCGAGCAGGUGGGUGUUGAGACACCGUCAGUUGAAGAAGGUAAGCACGUGAAUGUUCAGUCACCAUCAGUUGAAGAAGGCGAGCAGGUGGGUGUUGAGACACCGUCAGUUGAAGAAGGCAAGCAGGUGAAUGUUCAGACACCGUCAGUUGAAGAAGGCGAGCAGGUGAAUGUUCAGACACCAUCAGUUGAAGAAGGCGAGCAGGUGGGUGUUGAGACACCGUCAGUUGAAGAAGGCGAGCAGGUGGGUGUUGAGACACCGUCGGUUGAAGAAGGCAAGCAGGUGAAUGUUCAGACACCUUCAGUUAAAGAAGGCGAGCAGGUGGGUGUUGAGGCACCGUCAGUUGAAGAAGGCGAGCAGGUGGGUGUUGAGACACGGUCAGUUGAAGAAGGCGAGCAGGUGGGUGUUGAGACACCGUCAGUUGAAGAAGGCGAGCAGGUGGGUGUUGAGGCACCGUCAGUUGAAGAAGGCGAGCAGGUGGGUGUUGAGGCACCGUCAGUUGAAGAACACACGCAAGUUGACCCUGAGAAACCUUCAGUUGCAUCAAGUAUCGAAACGGAGCAAUCCACCGAUAUUGACGUGUCCGUGCAGGAAAGAGACCCUGUCGCAUCGUCCGCAGAGCAACAAACACCGAAGCCUUGCGCCGAAGAGAAAGACCAAGACGGCGAAGAGAAGUCGACGGACCGAGAUAACGAAAUCAACCUCCGGAAGGAGCGAGUGGAGAUGUGCAAAGGAAAUGCAUCGAUGCCGGAUGAGUGGCAGAAGAACGCUGCGCUGCCCACCGAACCGGGCGGAGCGAGGCGGGGCGCCGCGAUCGUCGUCAUCGUCGAUAAUUCCACCGACCGAGACGACGAAACAAACCGAGAAGGCGAGAGGGCCGAGCUCUUGGCCGACGCGGCGCCGCCGGACGACGAGGAUGGGGCUGCGGUCGGUUUGGAGGCGGCGUGGCCGCGGGACCGGGACGCGGCGGUGGCGGCGAUGCGCGAGCUGGUCACACCACCGACCCCGCCUCCCUCGGAGGCGUCCGUUACCGAAACCGCGGUGCAGACGGACGCGGAGGACUUUCCCGAGGAGCUCGAGGGGUUCGAGUCGUCGGUGGGCCUGGCGUACGCCUACGCGGCCAUGAACGACUUCGACGUCGGCGCCUGGCGCGCCGCCAACGAGGUGGCGAACCGUGCACUGGACGCGGAACGGCAACCGGCGGGCUCGCGUUCCGUGGAGGGCCCGGGAGAAUUUGACGAAGCGAUGGCGGAGGUUGUGACUUCGGCGACGUUGGAAGAGAAGGUGGUGGGAGAGGAAGUUCUUCGAGAAAGAGCUUUGCGGCAGUCCGCGCCCGAAGACGUCGUCUCCGUGGAGGACAGGCCCACAGACGCAUACGCCGAGCCCUCAGAGAACGGUCACGCGGCAGAGGACGACGAGGUGGCGGCGGCGGCCGAGAGGGGCGGCGAGGAGCACGGGGCGGGUGAAUCUCACGAGGACAAGGCGGGGGGCGACGAGGUGCACUCGGCUCGGCCGGCGCAGCAUCCCCAGGGGCCCUGCUUCCGUCUCCGCCCGCGCAAGCAGAACACGCUGUCGAUGAUCGAGCAGGAGAUCCGCGAGUCGCAGGAGCGCGAGGAGGAGCUCCGGGCCCAGAGGCGCAGCCUCUACAGCUCCGACGACGGCUCCUGCCCCUCCCCGUCACCGCCGCCGGCGGCAUCGCCGGCGCCGGACGAGGCCACGAAGGGCCCGGCCACCGAGGCUGCUCCCAAACCCACGCCCGAGGUGUCCCAGCAGCACAAGACAGGGCCAGGGAGGAUCGAGCGAGUGAAGCCCGCCACCGCACGCACCCUGGAAGAGGCAGAGGAGCAGGCUCCCGCCGAGUCGGACAAACGUGGCAAGGGUCUCAUGCAGUCCCUGGUUAAAGACUACGACAAGGUGAAGCUUCGUGAGAAGAAGGAAGACCCCUUGUACGCUGGAAUCCUUGCUGCGGAUGAAGUUGCGUCAGAGGUGGUGGAGGUGACGCGGGUGACUCGGAGGAAAAGCGCCAAGGCCAUGCGAUGGGAGGCCGGGAUCUACACGAACCACGCCGAGGAUGAAGAUUGACGGCGCAGCCUUAAGCGCGAUGGGGUCUUUGCUUUGGACCCAAACUGGAUGGCGCUGUGUGCGUGUGCGCGUGUGUGCGUAAUCGUUUUUUUGUCAGUUUGGGCCUCACAUUAAGGCUGCUGCUGAUUAUUUUUCCCCUAAAUGUUUCAUGACCAAGUUACAAGCGAGCCGGAGCCAUUCGACAUCCAAACGGGGCCCUAACUGGGCCAAAGUGAGCUAUGAGGCCUCACCUCCCUCCCAACAUCUCCUACCGCACUCCACCAUCGUAUCUCCAACCGCAUUUUUUUUGUGCAUCGGAGGAGUUGAGCUGCAAAUUACUCCAAUCUUCUUUUUCUUUCGUGCAGCCGAUGUAGAUGCAGAGCGACAACUCCAAUUUUGCAUUCAGGUUGUCAAGCCCAGAUAAUCGUGUCAGGAGCAGCGAGGAGUGGUGUAUCGCGAUGAUGUCUCCUUCCAAUUAUCUGCGAUUGUCCGAUAAUUUUUCACUGUAGGCAAGCAAAGUAAAAUAGCAGAUAACCCCGCAGAUAAUAAGGAUCCGUUACAUUAGUCUCUCCACAUUGGCACGGAUAAAAGAACACGUAGGCUUUCGCGACCAAUGUUAUUUAUUAUGGACGGAUAAAAGAGUUCUCUUGCACAAUUCUUCAUACUCCCUCUUGUCUUCUACGACCUGGUUACCAACCAACGUGGGCUGCGCUGGGCAGAUAUUUAGGCGACGUUCUGGGCGAUCGUGUGGGUCAGGAAGUGGACCAAAGAUGAUGUUGUGAGAUUGUUGUCUUCAACGCGUUUUGUGCGAGCGAAAGUUAUGCUGGUCCACGUUCGCUCAAAACUUUUUUUUUUAAUUCAUUAUAAUUAAUAUAACCGGUUGGAUGGCGCUAUUACAGAGUGCUCAGCUCACAGUCGGGGGAGGUAUUAGGUUUAAAUUUUGGAGUAGAUAAAAUGAGUACCGCAUUACAAUCGGUCAGGAGUGAUCGCCCUUUGAAAAUAGUUUUCCUCACCACGGGAAAUGCGGAAAUUUCCACUACUGCCUUUGGGCUGUCAACAGAUACGAGCACUGCACCGCACGGAUUACGUUGUUUUUAUAUUGUUGAUAGUUUUCAUUGUAUUUGAGUGGCACGUGCGACGGGCAGCGUCACGCACUCCUCAUUUGGUGGCCGGGUCGGCCCCACCAAAGGGAUUGUUAGCACCAUUUUUUUUAAGGAGUGUGGCAAUGGCACACGUGUGUAGCACGCUUAGCGAUGACUCUGGUCCACUGUUUGGAAGUCAUGGAGAUAUGGGAAUGCGUAAGGACCGAGAACAGGUGAGGCGCAGGUGGCUCGGAACUGGCCAGCAAAAACAAACGCUUUAAAUUAUCUGUCUGCCGUGAGAGCACUCGGCACGCAAGCAAGUACGUUUAGAACUCUCUGCGAGGUUGUGCGAGGCUUGACAACCCACUGGGGUUUCAGAGUUGCAAACGAUGUACAUUCAUAGUCGACGAUGGAUGAAUAUCGCUUCGGUUGCAUUUUUGUGGUCAGAAACUAAAGGAGCCGCGUCAGAUCAACCGCUACUGUGGAGACUCGGGGAUAGGAAUGGGGGCUUAGCUAGGAGGGAGCUGUGCCAGGAGGGCCCCAUCAGAGUUGGCUUCGCCGAGUGGCCCGCUGCUGCCGCUGCUGCGUUGUCCUGGCAUGUGCUCCCGCACUCGACUAAACCCGAGGGGUUUGCCGCUCAAUACUUUUUUACAUAUAUCCGGGUGAUGGCUCUCCUUUAGAUUUCUGAACAAAACCUUACAAGCCAAAAAAAACUCCUGGAGGGAAAAGACUCAAUGACCACUGAGCACAUUGCAGCGAGCAACACCUGCAGAACAUGGCAGCGUUCAUAUUUAUUGCAGGGUGCGCGUUCUGCGCGGAGCGUACCACUCGUGUGAAGGCGGAGAUAUUUCGGUCGCCCCUUGCGUAGGGAAAUGCAAUGGAAGGGGGAGCAUCGUCGCCAGAGGAGGUGUUUGUGUCCGACACGUGCCCCGUUAGCGAGGGGAUGUUAAGCAGCACAAAUACUUUGCCACAAGCAAAAAAAAACUUUAUGUACAGAAAAUUACUUUUGGGUGGCCGGUAAACGGCGCGCAACAUUGGGCCAAAGUUGGCAUGUGAGCGGACCCAACGUUGGCCCAACGUUCGUUGUUUACCGGCUAACCGUGUUUGAACACUACACGCUGCAGUUUUCUGACGGCAAAUUCGUUUGACACCAUUUUAACCCGUGGACAGCUCGCACAGUUUGUCUGCUCGCGUUUUAUUUGGAGAGAGAAAAUAAAAAGUACACGACAGUGUUCUUUUGUUGUUAAAAUUUAAAUGUGCUUUCAUACGUAGACUAGCUCGGUGUGUCUUGUAGACUCCUUAAUAUUUGAGGUCGGUUUAACUUAUCUGCUAAAGUAGAGAUUAUGAAAAGUGGCGCUUGUGUCUGGUCUUGGGUGCGAGACAAAAAAAAACGUAUUGAAUAGACGUGGUGGUGAAACACCUAAGCCCAUGGCUGGUCACCACAGACUCGCACAUCAUCCGGACACACUGCACAUCUUGCUACGUCGUACUGGUAGAUGGUAGAACUCCUCUUGUCCACGAUAGUGUGGGAAACGAACGACGCAGAUCCCAUUAUCCGCGUGGUUAUCUGCGAAUUUACUCUCGUUUAUUUGCGUGGGGGGUUGUGGAGAAUCAUGGAUAAUAGGGUCGGCGGAUAAUAGUUUUUGCAAACCGCCCGAUGGCUCUUGCGAGUAAUAAUAAUCACGGUGGCGAGAUGUCAACUACCUCGCCUGGUGUACAAGAGCUCGUGGGUUUGAACCCGACCCUGGCGCCUGUAUAUUUGGAGUUUGCGUGUCUCCCCGUGGUCGUGUGGAUUUUCCUCCGGGUCCUCCGGUUUUUCUCUCCACAUUUAGAACCAACAUGCAUUUCGAGUAUUUGGCUGCUAUAAAUUUCCACGUGAUAAGCCACUUCGUUGAGCUGUCAUUUGUGGCCAAGUCCGCUUUUAAUAAAAGAGCUAUGUAGCUCAGUGGGCCCUUUCCUGGUCAAAUAAAAACAAAUUGGUUUUAGUUCAUAUAGUCGCGGAUAAAAGGAGUUGCACUCUGCGUAGCGCAGUUUAGUUCUGUGUAAGCGUCGCUUUCUGAUCAGAAUGUAGUACGAUUCCCCAGCACGCAUCAGCAGAAAACACAGUGGGGAACGCGCGAUGAAUUUUGUGACGACGCGUGUAUCAAACACGGGUUGCGUAGUUUGAUCUUUUCCAGUGGAAUACACGGUCACGAACGCGUUGACAAAAUGUGGUUUUCACAUUCUCACCUUUGUCUUCACAAAUAUUUAAUUGUCAAACAAAUCUGUAUUUUAACUGUCAUUGCAGACUGCACCUUCGGUAAAAACCUUGCCAAAGUGAAACUUAAGAAAAAACAAUAGUAUUUAAAGAGCAACUCCAUCCAGUUAUAUAAUUGGCAUUAAGUACUCCGAAUCGGCAAAUGUACUUUUGAAACUGCAGAGGGCAGUCGUGCGUAAGGCUGAGCUGUUGUCAUAUUUGGUUCUUUCGGUAAAGUCCAUCUACGUGACUUUACCGAAAUAAUAAAAGAAUAUGAAUUCCUGCAGUCACGAAAGUUUUAAGACGAGAAAGCUGAACAGUUUGUGCCGCGCAGCUGUCUCCCCCCCCCCCCCCCAUGCGUUUACCGGGUCGUGCCGCGUGUUUUGUGUGGUGUCCCGCGACGUUUCGCGCCACGUACCCUCCAAAGCGGCUCCCGGGGUAAGUGGGGGGCGCGCCGGUCGGGACGCUUCGCGCACAGCAGCGUGGAGAUGACCCCGUGGUCGCGAGAUGACAUCGGGGAGCGACGCAGAGAGAACUGCAGCGGCGGCACCGUCUUAAGAUGUUUAAGCGGUGUGACACAGAGCCGUGGCUUUGGCUGAGAAUGAACAGAAGAACGUUGUUGGGCCUUCUAAAAUGUUAGUUGAAUUUCUCGUAUAUCCUACCUUAAAUGUACCUCCCCCCCACUCCCCCCUGUACAUUUUUAAUGAAUUGCCUGUAACUGUAAAUAUUUAUGUCAUGUUUGUUGUGAGCACGCAGUGGAGAUUCCGACGGCGAGGGAGGGUUUUGGCGUCUUGCACGAUGAUGGCCUGCAUCUGAAUUGCUCGGAAGUUACGGAUGGUUUAACGCUACCUAAUGCAUCGUCGUAGCAUCCCUGGCCCUCAGAGAUCCCUCCUGAUGCUUCCCCUGGUCGAAAUAAGUUACGUAAAUAACAGUUAUGCAGUAAAUGCAUUUUUAAAAAAUGAAAUAAAAAUGAAUGAAAAACAA